UUUCCACUUUUGUUGCCAAAAAGAAUGGACACUUUGCUUUAUUUGUAAGCAGAAAACGAUAAGUAUCACAUCACUUACUGCGCACCCACCACAAGUAAAGGGAUCAUUAGAAGCAUGGAGCUAACAGCAGAUGAGCUGAAGGCAUAUGACGGGACAGAUCCAUCAAAGCCAAUUUACGUGGCGAUCAAAGGGCGCAUCUUCGAUGUGAGCGCCGGUAAUUCGUUCUAUGGUCCCGGUGGCGCCUACUGUAUGUUCGCCGGAAAAGAUGCAAGCAGAGCACUUGCAAAGAUGAGCAAGAACGAAGAAGAUGUUUCCCCAUCUCUUGAUGGUCUCUCCGACAAAGAAAUGGGUGUUCUCAAUGAUUGGGAGAAGAAAUUCGAAGCUAAGUACUCAAUUGUUGGAACUGUGAUUUCUUAAUCACUUUUGGAUCUUGUGCAAUUAUGAAUAAAUAAAUAAAUAUAGGGAGGGUUUCCUGGUGAAUGUAUUGCGCAUCUCCUGUGGAUCUAUUUGUGUAAAGAUGAAAUUAACUUCGAAUAAUUUUACUCUUGAGAUUGCUCUUGUGUUUUGUGUCAGACAAGUUAACACCAAAUGAAGCAAAGUAUAUUUGGUAAUCGAUUGAUGUUUGGGAUUUGAAAA